UGUAUAUAGAGGAGAUCUGGAAAAUAGCGAACUAGUUCGCUACAAUUCCCCUCGUGUAUAUAUCGAGGAGAUCCGAAAAAUAGCGAACUAGUUCGCUACAAUUUCCCGUCGUUUGUAUAUAGAGGAGAUCUGGAAAAUAGCGAACUAGUUCGCUACAAUUCCCCCUCGUAUAUAUAUAUAUAUAGAGGAGAUCUGGAAAUGGCGAACUAGUUCGCUACAAUUUGACACGUCGUAUAUUAUAGACUAAUACAAGGAGAUGGCUACAAAUUUCGACGCUUAUAUAUAAGCGUUGAAGAUCGCUAUAUUUGCCAUCUUAUUAUUUCCCAAAUUAAAGGCCGAAGACGACAGCCUCUGGCUCUGUCCCCUGAUAACUGAUCUAUUGCAGAUUGUAUAACGCUUGCUUCGGACUGAAAAGUUGUAAUCAGCAUCAGUAUUGCCAAAGACCUUGGAAUCCUCCACAUGAAUUGUAUGGGCCCAAGAGACUGGGGGCUAAAAGGAGCAACUGACCAAGAGAAUCUGAUAAUUUUCUGAGUCUUUUCAUCGCACUUGCAUGAAACCAUGCUCACAAAAAAAUGGAUCCGGGUUAUUGUCACAGUCGUACUGUUUGUGGCACUGGUGAGAGUCUACACAAAGAAGAGAACUAGGAAAGAAGAGAAAGGUUUAGAGUUGGAUAUAAAGUUCCCAGCACUUGUGAGAGGAAGAAGUGGUGCAAAGAAGAGAAUUCCACCAGACUACAAUCACACCACAGUAUUUAAUGACAAAUAUUCAUUCUCUAAUGGAAAAAACGCAAAUGGGAGCAGCUUGGUUCAGGAUUCUUGGAGGUCCAGAAAGUUUGUUAACCCUGUUGACCCAAAGGUCAUUGACCCUGAGGCAGAGGCUACCAUAUGGAUGGAGAUUACCAACCAUUCUGCUCCUCAAAUUGAAGAGAUGAGGGCGCUUGUUCACAAACGCUGGACGGCAAAUAGAGAGGGUCUCUUGAAAUUUAGACAACAACUUGAAGAAUUCAAGGCCAGUGUUUUGAAUGCUACUCUGACACAGAAUAACACUCAACCUGGACAGAAAAUAAGAUACUCCCUCAACCGAGAUGCCUUUGCUAACGUUACAUCAGAAAUCUUCAGUUUUCUUCCCAAGGAAUCUCUGUUUUCAAAGGUCAAGUUUCCAAAGUGUUCUGUGGUUGGUGCUAGUGGGAUCUUGGUAAACAGUAAAUGCAGUGAACAGAUAGAUAAUGCAGACUUUGUCUUCAGAUGUAAUCUGCCAGAUCUGAAAGGAUUCGAGACGGAUGUUGGAGUGAAAUCAAACCUUACUACAAUAAACACAAUAUCAAUCAUUGCUAAAAGGUAUAAUUUCAUGCAGACAAUAAGUGACAGUAAGAAGUUCAUCCGGACAUUGCAAGAUUUCCAUGGUUACCUGUGGAUGCCCUUAUUUGGACUCAAAUCAGGAUUGUCAUACAGUAUGAGAGUAGCAAGACUCCUUCACCAGUCCAAAGACAUUCCAAACCUGAAGCUCAUUAUUGGCAAUCCGGAUCAUUUUUCUGCAGUCCAGGACUUUUGGAGGACCAGGUUUCUCAGUACAAGAAUAAGCACAGGUUUAUACGUCGUCACCCUGGCUCUCUCCCUCUGUGACGAGACCAACCUGUACGGAUUUUGGCCAUUCUCCAGGGAUUUGAACCUCCGUCCUUUAAAGUACCAUUACUACGAUGACCUUGAUGGACCCCUCGCUGUACAUAGCUUCACUGAGGAGUUCAGCACAAUGCUCAAGAUGCACAAAGAUGGCCUCUUAAGAAUGCACUUUGACAAGUGCUCUUGAAGCGAUUAGGACGUUGCUUUGGUCGUGAAAAGGAUGUCCAUCACAGUAAGUCGUUGAGUGUUUGGCAGAAGGGAAGGAAUUCAAACAUCAUCAAGUUUCCUUCUCUUUUUUAUUGCCUAGCUCUUUUUUAAGGGCUAUUCAGUACUUCAUUUCAGAUGUUGUAAAGGAAAACUCUAUCUGUUACUAUUGUCCACCAUGGUGUAAUUUGAUUUUUUUUUGUGAUUGAAGUUACUAAUGUUUUGAAAAGCACACUCACCGUAGCAUUGAGCACUUUCAGAAACGUACGUCAACAUAGAGGACUGGUACGAGAUGACUUCAUUGUUUGGCCUGCCAUAUGCCUCGGGUCCUCACACACGUCGACUAUCAGAAUCGGGAACCUCGCCACAUCCAUUCUGCGGUUCUAAAUCAUAGUCGACGUGCACGUGAGUGACGUCAUUUUAACCGCUCAAGCUCGGCAUGAACAUCAACCUUUCCCUUUUAAAUCACAGUUUUCAGUGACUUUUCACAAAAUUAAUGUAAGUUGUAUGAUGCAUUAUGUUUAUCAUAUUUGAAAUUGCUUUCUGAUCUCCAAAAUAUAUAUUGAUAUAUAUCCUAACUCGCGUAAAAAGGAAUCAAAGCAAGUGAAAGGGCAAGUGUGCACAAGUUGCACCUUCGCAUCACCCGACUGGGUCGCCAGGCGAUGGUACGCCAGAUCUUCCGGAUCGGGCAGCGUGUCAUGACCCGCUGGUUAUCACGCUGUUUCACGUGGACGUACGUACACGUACAAGUCGAGUGGAAUCUAACAUAUUCGCAUCUGUAGUGAACAAGGGCAGACGACGACGUUGACUCGAACGAUCAGACGACUGCGACGUUGUUCUCAUUCACUGCUCUUAAGACUCUAUUAUUGAUCCAUGACCAUUUCAAAUAUAUGCACAAAAUUAUUUCUUGUAACUUUCUACCUAUUUUUCCAAUCCACGGUUGUACUAUUUAACAUGAUCUAUCCUAAUUUUGAUUUAGUACUUGUAAUUUUGAACAGAAAAUCCAGAAAAUUAGAAAAGUCACUUUUGAGAUGUCCAGAUAAAGUGGAUUUUGACAUGUCUUGUGAGAUUGUUCAAACAUAAUAAAUUCAAAUUCCUUGAGUUACAUGUACAUGUAUCUUGUACUGGUGAUUAUGAUCCUAAGAAUGACUUUGCAUCCAGUUGUGAACAUCAACAUUGCACAAUUUGCGCCAACGUAUAGCAGUGUCCGCUGCUAUCUGAGUUGAAUCAAAAGAAAAUGUAAGUUGAAUAUCAUCAGCAUUAAUAUGGUAGUCUGUUAUGUGAUGGAAUAUAACUUGACGCGAUCCAGUCAAAUAAAUUGAAAAAAAAAUGUCAUGUGGUACACUAUAGGUCAGAGAUAAAGCAACUCAUUUAUGCAUACAAUCUGUGAAUGGGAAGAAGAUAGGAUUCAAACUACUUGAAUAAAUUUUCAAUUAGUCGAUAUGAGCUUUCAGUGGUUUGAGAGUUAUGUGUACUUGUCAAAAGCACUCUACUACUGACCCUGCAUGCUUUACACACUUAAAUGUAUGACUGCUACAUCCUUAUUUUGCAUUUAGACCCUCCUGUGCUGAAGGAUUUUUACACAUAUGUCAAAACACAAAUGCGUUUUAUCAUUUCAUACUUACUAUUAUUUGUAAUGAAUUAAUCAUUUCAUCUUUUUAUACCUCAACAUAUGCUUGAAAGCAAUUAUUGUUUUCUUAGAUUGUUCUUUGGGCCUGAUGUUGCCAUCAUAAAAUGAUGAAAAGUGGCCCAUGACUGCCACAUAAUAAACCAUAAUUAAAUAAUGUGACAAUAGUAAUUAGAUGGAAUGAACAGUCAACCCAAACCAAAUAUAGUCAGGAUAUAGCCAGGGUCCGAAGCCACUUGCUCCUGGGACUGAAACAGGGUUUCCCCCUUCAGAGCCAGUACGGAUGCAAGCUAGGUUUGUCAUCCCCAUAGGGAGCCUGGUCAGCUAGGAGCCAAGCUAGACAAGCUAGUAACCUUGACUUCUAACCUCCCCUCUUCAUCAAAUGCUUCUUCCCAUUUUUCUCAUUCUCUUUGUAAAUCAGUGAAAUCUGUGUCAAGUAUAUAUUUUUUUGUGUUCUCACAUUGAAAUUUUGUUAAAUUUCAGGCCAAAAUGCCAAUGUUUUUAGGUGCAUGGCCACUUUUUUUUUUUUUUUUUUUUUUUUUUGGGGGGGGCCGGGGUACAUACAUUUAGUACUGCACAAAUGGGUCAAAUUAACAUUUAAAUUCAUUUCAUUUAAUGGUUUAUUCAACAGACAUGUAUCGCAGUAAAAAACUGCAUUACACAUGCUUUACAGGGUAUCAAUUGCAACAGACAUGGUAAAAAAUACAGAGAAAUUAUUCACAUACAUGAAAAAUUUGCACAGUAAAGUAUUGAUAAAAAUGAAUAAAUAACAGAAGAAUACAUAUGAAUUAAUAAAAUUGUUCAUAAUAAAACACAAUAUAAAGUUAAUGGCUAUUUUCAGUAAAUGAAUUCACAAUUGCUAAGCAUGUAGAUUAAAGGUUUAAGAAUUUUCAAAUUACUUCUGUUAAGAUUUGGAAUAUUUAUUAAGCACAUGUACAAGAUUAGGGAGGGCACUGUUUCUAAAUCUGUUUGUCUUACAUUUGAAUUCAUUAUAUUUGUUGGCAUUUCAAAGAAAAUCAUUAUUUCUUUAAGGGGUAGCCAAGACCGACAUACAUUUUUUUUUCAAAAGAAAGCAAAAUCCUGAGUAAGUUUGUCUCUUUGGGAUAUAGAGUUGGUAAUCCUAGCUCUACCAAUGCAUCUGUAAUUUGAUCCAAGAAUUAUUCCACAAGCUCUUUUUUGUAUAGAUUCCAAAUCAUUGGCAGCAAAGGUUUCCAAAAGCAAUAAAAUAGGCAUUGAGGCCAGUCAACAGAGCAUCCAAAUUCUUCACCUUGGCAGCCUUUGAUUAUUCAAAGAGUAAAUAAAUAAAGAGUAUAUUGUUUGAUAUUUCAAUGAUACAAACUUGAUGCCGCUGAUUUACUGAAUAGCGUAAUGCCAAGGACGUUCCACUUUUUUGCUUUAUCAAAUGUAAAGGUUCCACUUUAUACUAGUGUAAUAAAAUAAAAUAAAUAAAGCACUUAACUCAAUCUGGCAUCCAAAUCAUAUAUGAACUCAGCCUCACUUCAUGCGUUGCAAAACAACUCCAAAUUACUGUCAAGUCGAUAUUUAUUACCAAUGCCUUGUCAGUGUGCUUUUUGUGUACUAUCAUAUAUAAUGAUAAUGAUACAGUGUAUCAACAUUCUGCUUUUGUAUUGUGGUGAUGAGGGAGGGGUAUAUUGCAAUAUCUAUUCUUAAUUCCUUUUGCCUAUGUAACAUACACAUGUCAGUUUGCACUAUUUUCUAACACCUUGACAUUGCAGUAUCUUCUCAAGGCAAUUCUCCCUGCCGUAUGAAUCUUUGGUGAAUUACAUUAAAUAAGGAAAAGGAACGAA